UUCUGUGGGGUGUUCAGAGAAGGAGACACAGUGAUGCCUGGCAGCCCUGAGCCCAGGCCCAUCUUGGCCUGGCCGCUGCGGCACGGAGCCUGGGGCACCUGGAGGCUGGGUCCUGGGGUAGGGCACGGGGUGGGGGGGCUGGACUCCCCGUGUUAAUUGUUAUACCAGGUCCAGAGUCUGAUCUCCGGGUCUGGACCAGCCCCGCCCCUAGGCCCGCCUGCCACUAUAUCAGGGGCUGGGCAGGGCCUCACCCAGCUAACCUUGACUGUGCACCGCUGCUGGCUCUUCCAUGACCAUGGAGACCCUGGAGACCCUUCUCCUGCUCAGCGCCCUGCUCCUGUCACCUGCAGAGGCUCAACGGGCCUCGCAGAAUCGCCCGAAGCCCUGGCUGGUGGGCCUGGCUGCCGUCGUGGGAUUCCUGUUUAUUGUCUUCAUCCUCAUGCUGGUCAACCGCAUCUGGUGCUCCAAAGCGAGAGCUGAGGACGAGGAGUCCGCAUUCAGAAUGGAGUCCAACCCGCAUCAGGACCCGAGUGAAGAAGGCAAGAGGAAGAGGGAAGGGGACAUAAAGGGCAAGAAGGGCAAGAAGGCUGAGGAAGAAGGAGAGAGAAACUUGGGGCUGGAGCUGGAGGAGAAAGAGGAGUCCAGAGGUAAAGGGAAAGUCAUGAACACAGCCAUGUGAAGACUCGACACCGACUUCCUCCAGGCAGCCGCCCAGAGAUGCCCCUUUCACAUCGUGUAAGCGAUGAUCUGGACGUGAAGCCACCAUAAUAACUCCGUGCAGAGCUGAGAAUACCGCACGAAGAGGUGUGGACUUGCCCCGCCCCACAGGGAGUGGGGCAAGUGUGCUCUGUGUGCUGCGUCCGUGGGCUUUAUGCACCCUCCUUCCUGACUUGACUGCCUAGUGAUUCUUCUUGCACUAGGAGCGCAUUCUUGGUUGUGGAGAAACCCCCCAGCCCUCACCAUCUCAUGGCUCCACCUACUUCUACCCACCGCCUGAUUUCUUUUCCCUCUCCCUGAUAUCUGUUGGCCAGAACCUCCGCCCCGCCCCGCCCCCCCCCCCCCCCCGUCCCAUCCCACUCAGCCUGGGGACCAACUUGGGGCAGGGGCUGCCUUUUCGAGACCUGCAUUAAAUUGAUAAGAGCCCUUCAGAAGGGCUCCUGUUGUCUCUUGGGACUCAGUUUCCCCCUGGGGGAGGCAGCUUUUGGGGUUGGGGUCACUGCCUGUGCAGGUGUGGUAGAGCAGGCUGCACCGUGCCCAGAUGCCCUGGGCACACUCAGCCCUCUCCCUGCAAUCUUGAUUUUGCUGCCCUGAGCCUUGGACUUUGAGCCCCGAGAGUGCCGUAUCCUGGGAAAUCCUUGCUACCCCACCCCUGGUCUGGGCUCACAUGACUCCAUUCCCGGGAACUGUGUCCAGGGAGGCCGUGUGCCCCGGGGCUCGGCGCCCCCCUGGGAAGGGACAAGCACUUUCUCCUCCCAGUUUCCAGCCACUCCUUUCACCUCACUUUUUCCGGGCCCUGGACCUUGCCCUGGAUAUUAACCAUUUCUUAAUAAGGACCUUGAUAAAAGCUGGCAUUCGGGCUGGGUUCUGGGGCAGGUCGCUGGGGUUGUUGGGUGUAGGAUGUAACCCCCAAGGCUGCUAGAACACUUCCAGGGUAGUCCACCAGGGGGGUGGAAAAAACAUAAACAAAUAAAAUCAA